UGAAGUCCGAUAGUCCCUCCGUCCUCUGGACUCUCUGAGCUACAAACCUCCAGCGGGUGGUUAUGACCCCCUGCAGGCGUCUCAGCGACAGUCGGAGGACAUCCUGGAGGACAACAGCCAGGCAGCCUGGGACAUCGAUUUCGGCUGUUGGAACAAAGCUGCCAAUCACCGGGACACGAGUGACCAGCAGCUGUCACAUCUGGACCAGAACCCUUCAAGUCGGGAUGGGGGCAUGUUUAAUGUCCAUCUGGGACCGGACCAUGUUUUGGGGGAGCAACGGUGGGCUCGACCUCCUGUCCCUCCGAUGAAGCCACGACCCUGGAACCUCUACCACCGCGGUACCCAUAACGACGCCGCUCGAUCAGUUGGCUUCCACCAAGGAAGCAGCGGGGACAUCACACCAACAUCACUUCCUGGGACAAUGUCUCCUGCUUCCCCCAACAGCAGCCGCCCACCGCGACCUUUUCUGAAAGCAGGUUCCACCCGCCCCAAGCUGUGACCUCUGACCUUCAUCACCACAGCUACACACCCCACUUUAAUCACAACCUCAACUUUUUCUGUGACCCCUCCCACAACCAGGCCAGCUGCCCUUUAAUCCAACUGAUGGGCGCUGUGCUGCCCCCGGGCCAGAUGGAGGCAACGUGGCGGCGAGCCGCGGUGAAGAAAAGGCCCGCCCCCACCCACCGCUGUGAAUACCUGGGCUGCGGCAAAACCUACACCAAGAGUUCGCACCUGAAGGCUCACCGCCGCACCCACACAGGGGAAAAGCCGUACCAGUGCUCGUGGGAGGGCUGCAGCUGGAAGUUUGCACGUUCGGACGAACUGACGGUUCACUACCGAAAGCACACGGGCCACAAACCCUACAGGUGUCUGCUGUGUCAGAGGGCCUUCUCCCGCUCCGCCCUGGCUCUGCACAUGAAGAGACACGCCUGACGAACCUGACCACGCUGACCGCCACACGCAACAAACCCAACACCACCCUCUUACCUGCCCCACACGGAACUUUACCAAAACACACAAAGCCACAAAACAGUCAGUAAAAUCCAAAAAAAUAUCAAAUAUCCUACAGACCCCAGGACAGGACUCUGAGGAUCAGGUGCACACAGAGCGCCACGACUGCACCGGAACAACAACAGAUGACUAAUAAUAACUUGGAAUAGUUUGUUUUGAGACGACAUGUGACAGAUGAUGUCAAGGUGCUACAGCAAACCUCGACUUGAGAAGUACCAACAGGAAACUGACCAAAGGUUCUCAGGUGAGAUUCAGAACUUAUUUGAUACAUUCUUCAGCCAGACUCCUAAGAGCUUUAAAAGUGAUCAUUAAAGACUUAAAGCCACCAGACACUAGAACACACACAACCAAAAGGACUGAAGAUAAAACUGCGAGAUAAACUGGGCGGAGAGAAUAUUUGGAUAUUUGAUGUCCUGUGACAUCAGUAAAUAUCAUAAAUGAAACGGGGUUUAAUCUCUCAGAUAUCCAUGAUGAGAUUAAUUAGGAGGUGCUGCUUUCUCUUAACAAAGGUUGACGGCAAAAUUCCACCACAUUCAAACUGAGGACGACCUGGAAUCUCAACAGGAAACUGUCCAGGGUGAACACCACCAAUCAUGGCGAGCACCACCCACCAUGGCGAGCACCGGUAACCAUAGCAGCUCAGGCAAGCAAUGACUCUGAGCAGUGCACUGCCCCCCCACUAUCACCAGUGGGGGAGGGGGGGCAGUGCCAUACAAGUGUAGAACAUUACAACUUUGUGCAUCAGAGGUCUCUGUUUGGCAGAACAUCAACCUUCUGUUCCCCAAACAGAACCAGAAUCCACAAGAACACAGAGCGUUCUGGAGCACACUGGAACGUUUUUUAAAUCUGAUUGUUUGGGUCCAUCGUGCUGACAGAACCAAAAAAAACUACAAAUAAACUCUGCCCAGAUGGACGUCACCCUGCCCAUCGUACACCCUGUAAACACCGUGACUCAAUAAACAAACACUAACACUUUAACAAUACUAAUACUAAUAAUAAUACUAAUAACAGAGGUCAUGUUUGAACUUAUGGUACUUUGUAAUAAUUCUGCAGUUCAACUGAAAUAAACUGAUACAACAUUCAAACAAGAACUUUAAUUGUAAAUGAUGUAAAUAAAAUGUAAAACUGUGCAAUUCUAUGGAAAACGUGCAUCUGUGUAUUGUUGUUUUUAUUGUAUUUUAACAAUGAAUGUAAUUCUGUUUGGUCGAGCAGAAAUUAAAUCUGUAAGUAAUCUGCAUUUUCCAUCAAAGACUGACAAACAUAUUUAUUUAUAUGACUAUUAUGUAAAAAAACAUAGUACACAAUUACACACUAUGUAAUU